GAAACUAAUUUGACAAUUAGGGAUUUAGAGAAAGUCGGUGAAGAUAUUUUUCAAAAUGACUGGAUGAGGAAGUGCGGUAAAAAAUAUGCUCAGAAAUGCCUAAUUCUUGCCAUAAUUGUUGGAAGAGCAAAACAUUUUUAUCCACUAAUUCCUGGGGACACUUUUGUUUAUCAAGGAUUAACGGGCGGAAUAGAAAUUAAUACUAUUCGAGAAGUUGUCCAAAAAACUAUUGACUUACCUUUCCCAGAUAUUACUUUUGUUCUGGAUAUUGACCCUAAAAAAGCCCAAGAAAGAUUAAAAAAAAGAAAAUUGGAAACAGACGAAUAUACUAAUUGGGAUAAUUUAAACUUAGAUUUUCACCAAAAAAUAAGAAAUAAUUAUUUAGAACUAAAAAAAUAUUUUCCAGAAAGGAUUUGUCUUGUUGACGCUAGCCAAAGUGAAGAAAAAAUAUUAGCCGAAGUUCAAGAAAUAAUUCAGCAAACAAUUUCACCAAAAAAAGAUUUACCAAGCUUUGUUCGGGUAGUUAUUAAAAAUGACAAAGGUGAAACCCCCGAAACAGCAGCUAAAAGAGAAGUUUAUGAGGAAACUAAUUUGGUACUAGAAAAUUGCCAAAAAAUUGCCGAGAAGAGCGAAAUAAAAAUUAAAGAGUUAGGGAAAAUACUAGAUAUUAAUGCUUAUGGUUCAGUAGAAAUACUAAGCAGAAUAGACGAACUUGUUAGUAAUAAAGACAAAAGCGUUAAUAUUGGGUAUAUCCGAAUGGAAGUUUAUAGUUCACAUUUGCGGCAAAAAUUAGCCGCCAAAUAUUUAAGUGCUAGUUUUCCCCAAACCCAAAAGGCUCGCUUCAUUCUUACUAACUACGAAAACGAAGCUAUUAAUGUGGGAACCAAAGCCGCCCAGAUUUUUAACCGUUGCUUUUAUGCCCUAGUAACCUUAUUCAUUUUAACCGUGGCGGGCUUACUACUUUAUCAGUUAGCUUAUCGUCCCCGCUGGCGGAGAACUAGGAAUAUUCAACGAGAAAAUAAACACUUUGAGGAACUAAAAGAAAAUACUGAAUAUAUUAAAAUCACGGGCACGGAAAAACAGGAAAUCAAGAAAAAUAAAAGUUUGCUCCACAAAAACCUGAAAAAGAUUUUGCCGUUGGCGGUCAAUAAGUCUCUUUUUGCCACGGUUCCGAACUACUUAAUGGUGAAAGCCCUCCCGCUCCCUUUUCUUUUGGCUGCCAAUUCCCGAGGCAUGGAAGAAAUUUAUUUAUUUUUAUUAUAUACUAAAUUAAAUGCUCUUUUUGAAAAAGAUAAUUCUACGGCAGUUUUUGUUAUUAAACCUCUGCCCGCCAAAAAAGCAAGUAUCACUUUCCAAAAAGUUAAUUUUGCCUACCCCGCUAGCCAGAAAAAAAUACUGGAUAAUUUUUCUUUUUCUUUCCAAAAAGGACAAAAAUACGCAAUUAUUGGUGCUAAUGGUAUUGGUAAAAGCACUUUAUUUAAAUUAAUGAUUAAACUUUAUCAGCCCCAGUCCGGAGAAAUUAAGUUAAAUAGUAAUAAACAAGAAAAUAUUGCUAAUUCCGCUUGGCAGAAAAAAAUAGUUUAUUUACCUAACCAUCCUUAUUUUUUCAAUACCAGUUUAGGAAAUAAUAUAGUCUACCCUGACACUUAUCAAGCCAAUACUCACCAAGAAAAAUUGGAAAAUACAGCCCAAAAAUUAGGAAUUACCGAGUUUAUUGAUAAAUUACCCCACCGCUGA